CCUGGGAGGAAGGGGAAGAAUGCUCCUGCUGUCUCCGCAGCCCCCUUCAGUCCUUUUCUCUAGGGUUUUGUCGGUUUAUUCCAUUUUGCCAGCGAAAAAUGUUCUUUCCGGCAAGAAUUUGCUGGCAAGGCGCUCUUGAAAUCCCAGCUCCAGCUCUUUUUUCCUCUUCAUUUCAUUAAUAGCGUCUCGUUACGUCCGUCGCAAUCUAACAUAGUUCUGACACCCUAACGCUGUUCACUCGGUCCGACAUCUUUUCUUGCUAGUCGCUUCCCUCACGCUUUCAUUAGGGUGUCGAAUUUUUCUUUUAGGUUUGUAAAGUAGAUCCCUGUUUUCUUUCUUUACGUUCUGAUGCAUUUAGUAACUGCUGCUGCUGGGCUGGGUCGCGAUAGGUAAUAUGGUAGAGUGUGUUGUAGGUUUGCGACGAAGACAAGCUUAGAAUUUGUGUUGACUAAGUUUAGAGUCGUUCAACGGCUCCGUGCGCAAGUUAGAGAGCAUCGUCUGCUGCCAUAUUGCAUUUGGGAAACAGCCGUCUGGAUUUGUAAGUAUUAAUAACAAUGCGAGGAAGGACAGUGGACACCACGAAGGAUUUUGGAGUAUUUGUAAGCACUUGCAUCAUCGCAGGCAGAGAAGUGCACACAUAAGUAGAUAUAAGUAGAUGUAUAUUGAAGAUACUUGAAGGAGGCUCUUAUCGUCGUUCACGAAGGGCCUAGGGUAGUAGGACACGGUGGCUGGGUCCAGUAAGAGGGCGAGGCUGGACCUUCUACGGCAGUCCUUCAUGAGUGAUCCUGAGGACGAAGAAGACAGCUUGAGACUUACACUAGGGCCGCCUGGCUCAUCGUCUCGGCUGUCAUCUUCGCAAGAUCUGUUUCUCCGCUCUCCUACUCUGCAACAACAAGGGCCACUACUGUCGGUGGUGACAUCGCUCUCCGAAGAGGAUGAACAUUAUCGCCCGCGACGCACUCCUGUGCGCACUUUGCCCCCUGGAUCAAUAUGUCCAAGUGAACGGUUGUCAGCAACUAGUGGCAACCUAACGAAGAAAGGUCCUCAUGUCACACCUCCGUUUCUAUGGUCCACAGAGUAUCGUGCGAAGAACCACAGCCUUGAAUGGAUGUUUAGACACGGGUUAACCAGUAUCAGUGGUGAGGUGCAGUGUAAAAGGUGUGAUGGGAUGACCACCGUCGAGGUCAAUCUACAGGCAGCAUUUGUUCAGCUUGAAAGGUACUUUCUUGAGAACAAGCACUCUAUGCAUGAUCGCGCACCAAAACACUGGAUGGUCCCACGGCUUCUUGAUUGCACACUGUGCCAUCAAAAUGACUGUGUGAAGCCAAUCAUAGCUGAGAAAAAAAGGGAAAUAAACUGGCUAUUUCUCUUGUUAACUCAGACUCUUGGUCUUUGCACUCUUGACCAGCUCAAGUUUUUCUGCAAGCACAAUGAUAAACACCGAACAGGGGCAAAAGAUCGCGUCCUUUACUCCACAUAUGGGGGCCUGUUGAAACAGCUCAAUCCGGCCGGUAAAUAUUUGCCAAAUGACUAGUUAAACCAGUUUUUUUUUCCUGUACCUACUUAUGUUUGCAAAGUAUCUCUCUGGGAAGCGAUGGAAAGCUUACAGCAUACCAGGGGGCUUUCUGUUGGUGACGUCUGAUGAGAUUGUGGAGGAGAGAACGCUUGUUGGUACAUCAAGUUGUAUGUCCUUUUAAACCUGUUUUAAGGUCAUGUUCCUAUCAUGCUGAACGUGGAUAUAAUAAAAGUGUUUCAACAGUAAGAUGAUAGUCGAUUCAGUUCUUAGUUCAGGCAGGCUUGACAGCUGGCAAGUGUCGAGAAUCUCGUGUAGUUUUUCAGCGAUAUCUUAGUGAUGUAACUAGCGAGUCCGUGGUGAUGGUGCAGUUAGAUUUUGGUCUGCUCUUUUCACCCUACGGGCAGCUUUCGUACUGUCAGAUCUGCUUUGCAGUUGACGUGUUUAAAGAUGCUUAAGAAUAAUAAAUUUCUUGGAUGAUUUUCAGGGAA